AUGAUUGUUGAACAGAGUAUAAGAUAUGCUGGUUCAAAAGGCAACCAUUCGUUUUCAACUUCACCACAAGAAAUUAGGAUCUUCCUAGCAAUUCUGCUUAUAUCAGGCUAUAACACUGUGCCAAGACGGAGACAGUUCUGGAGCCGGGAUGAUGACGUAAGGAAUGAGGCAAUAGCUCGUACAAUGCCGCGAGACAGAUUCGACAUAUUGGUGCGAUAUGUACACCUUUGCGAUAACAACAAUCUUGACAGAGAGGACAAGUUAAGCAAAGUAAGACCACUGCUAUGUCUGCUGAAUGAGCGCUUCUUGUUAUACUUCUUUAAAGAGAAAAACCUUUCAAUCGACGAAAGCAUGAUCCCGUACUAUGGGCGACACGGAGCGAAACAGUUUAUUCGUGGGAAACCAAUUAGGUUCGGUUAUAAGAUGUGGGCGUUAACGACAGCACUUGGAUAUGUUUUACAAUUUGAGCCCUAUCAAGGGGCAAAAGGCCACCAAACCCAUGAUCCUGGCUUCCUUGGAAUGGGCGGAGCAGUAGUUAUGGACCUGCUUUCAGAGCUGCAGAAAGAUGAUGCAUACCAGCUGACUUUUGAUAAUCUAUUUACUUCCCUGAAGCUCGUGGACCGGCUUACAGAUAUGGGAAUAUCUUGCACAGGAACCAUCCGUGCCAACCGAAUAGAAGAUUGUCCUGUCAAAAAUGUAAAAGACAUGGGAAGAACGCAACGAGGAAACUAUGAUAAAAGGUAUGACGCACACAAAGGUCUGAUAGUGGUGAGGUGGAAUGACAACAAUAUAGUGAAUGUGGUGUCAAAUUGCCAUGGAGUUGAACCAUUGCAACAAGCAACACGGUGGUCAAAGCAGGCAAAAGCUAGGGUGCGCCUUCCGCAGCCAUACCUUAUAAAGCAUUACAACCAGACAAUGGGAGGUGUGGACAGGAUGGAUCAAAAUGUUGAGAAGUAUCGUAUCUCUAUCAGAUCCAAGAAGUGGUGGUGGCCAGUGUUUAUGUAUUGCAUUGACCUUGCGGUGCAGCAAACCUGGCACAUUUACCGUGCUACUGAUGCAGGAUUGAGGCAACCAUUAGAUCUGUUAGGUGUCAGACGAGCUCUGGUUACUGUACUGCUUGCUCAGGGGCGUACACCUGCUGUCAGCCCUGGCAGACCAAGAGGUAGGAUGAGGCCAUUGUCAAGAAGAAUUCCAGACCAUAUCCGACUUGAUGGUAAAAAUCAUUACGCAGAGCCAGCAAAAGAAGUGCGCCGUUCAUUGUGUGGAAAAAAAUGCAGGACACAAUGUUCCAAAUGUAAUGUUGGAGUGCACAGGAAAUGCUUUGAAAUGUUUCACAGUGUUUAG